AUGCCACCACUGCGACCCUACGAAGAUCAGGGUCCUACCAUCCUCGCGAGCACGCUAACCGUCACCGUCGUGGCCGUGCUCACGACAAUUGCGAGGUUCUAUGUCCGGGUUAAGAUGAUCAGGAAUGUUGGUUGGGACGACUAUGUGAUGCUGUUGGCUAUGACAUUGUGCAUUGCUGGUCAAUGCCUUGUUAUACCGCAAGUUCACAUGGGGGCGGGAAAACACAUCGACUACAUCAAGAAGGAAGACUUCGUAGCCGCUCUGAGGUUGAAUCUCAUUUCGCAGCCGAUCUUCUUGUUCGCCAUCUGUUUCGUCAAGGUUUCUGUGGGGUUCUUUCUCCUUCGGAUUGCGGUCGGACGGUUAUACAGGCGCUUGAUUAUCGGCAUCAUGGUCGUCACUCAAUGCAGACCUUUGAGUCUCAUGUGGGAUCAAAGCGUGAAAGGCACAUGCUGGACCAUCCAAACGAGACAAGCCCUCGGCUUCCUGAACAUCGUAUUGAACAUCAUCACCGAUAUCGCCUUCUCAGUGGGCAUACCUAUUCCUAUGCUGUGGGGCGUGCAAAUGAACCGCCGUCACAAAGCGUCCCUCAUCUGUAUCCUCGGCCUUGGUACAUUCGCUACAGUCGCCGCUUUGGUGAAACUGUCCUACCUCCCUCAUUACGGGCGGGAAGGCGACCUCCUCUGGGACUCGCGCGACAUGACCAUCUGGACCGUCGUCGAAUGCAACGUCGGUAUCGUCGCCGGCAACCUCCCCUGCCUCAAACCGCUUUUCCGAUCCAUCCUCGUAUCCACAUACGGCAGCGGCUCCCGCAAGAACUCGCAACCACGAUACUUUUCAGAUGCAUACGGAAAGGGUACAAAGCAGCGCUCUGCGGUCAAAAGCUACGGUCCUCUUGCAUCGAACAAGACAUCAGAUGGCGAGUAUGCCGGUCAUACCGCUGCUGGCAAGUCAUACAUGCUCACAACAAUCGAUGCGACGACCAAGCAAGCCGGAGAUCUAAGCAGGAGUCCAUCCGGAGGAAGCUCGACAAGCGGGGAACGAGGAAGCACGGAGAGCGAUACAAGGCUGCACAACAAAGCACACGGAAGCGGUGGAAUGGGCAACAUCACUGUGACGACAAAGGUAGAUGUGACUGAGUCGAUGCAUUCACACGACAUCUACGAGAGUGGGAGGACGUAUCAGAGACCACAAGCGAAGGAGAUGGUGUGA